UUGAGACCCGUUUCUAACACGCAAAUUUUGUUCAAUUGUUAACAAAUGGAAAGAAAAAAGUUGAUGGGAUGGACCCCACGAAAGCCAUUGUGACUAUAAAAGCGACAAUGGCAAUUUCCUCCCAAUUUAUCAUCCAGUUAGCCAUAAUGACGACUUCUGAGACCAAAUUGAGCAUGAAGCUAUUGAUUGACACCAAGGCUAAAAAAGUACUAUUUGCGGAGGCUGAUAAGAAUUGUGUGGAUUUCUUGUUUCACAUUCUCUCAUUACCAGUGGCAACCGUCAUUAAGCUCCUUAAGGAGAAAGGGAUGAAUUAUGGAUGCUUGCAUAAACUCUAUGACAGCGUAGAAAAUCUAAACGACACCUAUAUUCAGUCGAAGGACAUCCUUCUAAAACCCAAGUCAUCAGUAAUUGGGAUCUCUUCCAGUCCUUUUCUAUCGAUAAAUGACGUUCCGACGACACAGAAGACCUUUUAUACCUGUUCCAAUUCCAAUAAUUAUAACCAUCACUAUACUGUUUCAGAUGACCCUAGUGCUACAUGUACAAGCUGUAACUAUGCCAUGUCAUCAAGGUUGACGUAUGUUGCUCCACCGAUUGCUAGUGGAGCUGUGCCAUCAACAAGUGGUUUUGUGAAGGAUAUGGUGACAUACAUGGUGAUGGAUGACUUGGUGAUUAAGCCUAUGUCCACUAUUUCUAGCAUUACUCUUCUCAACAAGUUCAAUGUCAAAGAUGUUAGUUUUCUGCAAGAGGAAGUUGUUAAUUUUGGAAUGGAAGAGGCGCUGAACUUGCUCAAGGCAUCCUUCGAGUCGAAAACAGUCUUGACUAGUGUUUUUAUGAGCCUCAUAGAAGUGUCGAAAUAGUCACAUAUGUAACAAUGGAAUUUGAAUGUUUCAGUUUACUCGAUGUCCUUUUAUCGUUGCUUUCUUUUGUGUCUUUUCCUGUUUGGAGUUGAUUCUGUAUCCGUUGCUAAAUCAAUCUUAGUUUGCUUUGUCUGAGAUUGUUUUUGUUA